AUGUUAUUACUUUCUUGCAAGUAGAAGUUCAAAACACCCUUUAAUAACUUUCUGAUGAAGUUGGAAUUGAGCUUUUCCUCUUCUAUGAGCUUUGUAGCUAAGAUAAUGUAUUCCUUAUUUUAACCUGUAUUUUUGAGACAUAUAGACUUGAUGUAAGAUAAUUUGUUGCAACGCUUCAUAUGCAUUUCAAGUGGUCUUAAGGCUUCAAGACACUCUUGGUACCUAUUCAAUUCAAAUAAAGAGUACACCCUCAUUUUUUAAUUUUCAAUAUUGUUGGAUGUAUUUCUUGAUAAAAUCUCUAGCACUUUGUAGAAAUUCUUUGUCUCGAAUAAAUACUACAAUUGUAGUCUUUGA